CAUAUUUUGAAGCAUAAAGCCUGUGGUAGCUUGACAACAAAUCCGAGAUAAUUAUAUUGUACUAUGCAUGUAAUUUUGAGGAGUCCAAAUUAAAGGGUUUCGCCAAGUCUUUGCUGUGAACAAGAAAAAUGGCGGAAAGGAAGUUGAACUUCAAAGAUAAACGAUGGUCACUCCAUGGGAUGACAGCUCUAGUCACUGGAGGAUCUCGAGGUAUUGGGUAUGCAAUAGUGGAAGAGUUAGCAGAAUUUGGAGCAGCAGUCCAUGUAUGUGCACGAAAUGAAGCAGAUAUUAAUAAGUGUGUGGAAGAGUGGAAAAACAAAGGAUUAAAUGUUACGGGAUCUGCUUGUGAUGUUUCAUCCCGUGAUCAACGUCAACAUUUAAUAGAAAUUGUUGCCUCCAUCUUUCAUGGAAAACUCAACAUUCUCAUAAAUAAUGCUGGAACAACCACACCUAAACACGCCAUAGAUUAUACUGCUGAAGAUAUGACAACUAUAAUGAGUACCAAUUUUGAAUCUGCUUACUAUUUGUGUCAACUUUCCUACCCACUUCUAAAAGCUUCUGGAUAUGGGAGCAUAGUAUUUGUCUCCUCCAUUGCUGGUUUGAAAGCUUUGCCUUAUUCUUCUAUCUAUGCAUCAACAAAAGGAGCCGUGAAUCAACUCACCAAAAACUUAGCACUGGAAUGGGCAAAGGAUAAUAUUCGUGUAAAUUCUGUAGCACCAGGAAAUGUUCAGACCAAACUUUUGAAUGAUAUCCUGGAAAAUAUUGGCGAAGGUGAAAAGAUUGCGAGUGCUAUGACGUCUCAAACUCCACUGCAACGCAUGGGAGAACCGAAAGAAAUAUCAUCAUUAGUUGUUUUUCUUUGUCUUUCGGCUGCUUCAUUUAUCACUGGACAAACUAUAAAUGCAGAUGGAGGCUUCACAAUUUAAGUUUCAUUUUCAUGACUCGAGACUUUAAAGUUUCAGUAUAUGAAAACUUUCAAUUAUUUCAGGAAUACCAUGUUCCAAUUAUUUUAAUA